GGGGCGACCUCCGCCUACAACGUACACCUGGGAAAUGCGUGUAAUGGCACAGUACUGCGUAACUGCGUAACUGCGGCUGCAACACCUCCCUCGCUGCAGUCUCGUGCGUUGUAGACCACCGGUACCCAGGCACUUCACUUCCAUUCAUGCUGUUUGUUUGUUUCAUGUCCAAUGCCUCUGUCGGCCAAUGCAUCCCGCCCAUUAUUGUACAGAAGACCUGAACUUGAACCGCCUCCCACUGGCUACACCUUGUUGUCUCGACCGAAUCCACCGCCCUGUCAAUCCAAUCCCCUCCACUCCCUUGAUGCGCAAAAACCGUUACACUUUAUCGCCCCUCCAGCAAGCUUCAAAUAUCCUGACUUUCGAGGAAACCUCAGCCUAGGUACAGAUGACUGCCGAAUAAGGGCGGCGUCUGAUCUCUAAUCUGUGCCCUUCGCCGCCUGCAAAAUGCCUGCUCGCACCGCGGAUCCUUCAGACGAUGUCCCCACCGCGAAACCAACCGAGGGCCUGGCUCUCAGAUCCAGAGGGACGAAGAAUCCUUCGAGCCCUACCAAAAGAGAUGAGAAGACCAAGGCACAGGAUGUGGCCGAAUUGAAGGACUAUCAAUUGGGCGAUUGCCUAGGCAAAGGUGCCUUUGGUUCUGUAUACAGAGCCUUGAAUUGGGGCACUGGUGAGACCGUUGCCGUGAAGCAGAUCAAGCUGGCGGAUUUGCCCAAGAGCGAACUCAGAGUGAUCAUGCUGGAGAUCGACUUGCUCAAGAAUCUCGAUCAUCCCAAUAUCGUCAAGUACCAUGGAUUCGUCAAGACUCCCGAGACCCUCAACAUCAUCCUCGAAUACUGCGAAAACGGUUCUCUACAUUCUAUCUCGAAGAAUUUCGGCCGAUUCCCGGAGAAUCUGGUGGCUCUAUACAUGUCUCAAGUGCUUCAAGGUUUAGUAUAUCUGCACGAACAGGGUGUGAUCCACCGCGACAUCAAAGGAGCCAAUAUCUUGACUACCAAGCAAGGACUGGUCAAGCUGGCCGAUUUUGGAGUCGCAAGCCGUACAACUGGUCUACACGAGUCAAGUGUUGUUGGAACUCCGUAUUGGAUGGCCCCCGAGGUGAUUGAGUUGACCGGCGCGACGACUGCUUCGGAUAUUUGGAGUUUGGGUUGUACAGUGAUCGAGCUGCUGGAUGGCAAACCUCCCUACCAUACUUUACAACCAAUGCCGGCAUUGUUUCGGAUCGUGAAUGACGACCACCCUCCUCUGCCGCAGGGUGCCUCUCCUGGUGUCCUCGACUUUCUCAUGCAAUGUUUCCAGAAAGACCCGAAUCUGCGAGUUUCGGCCAAGAAGCUGUUGAAACAUCCUUGGAUCGUCAACGCGAGAAGGUCCGAUGCGGUCAAACCGAAGAACCCCACCGAAUAUACCGAGGCAGUCAAGAGCGUUCAGGAAUGGAACGAAGCGUUGAAGGAUUCGCCAAAUGGCAAUUCACUAAGAAAGAACUCGAACGCCUCCACCGUCAGUCCGACACCCCAGACGAAGGACUUACUGCGUCCUUCCAAGUCUCAGGUGAAGUCACCCAUCCCAUUCCUCAGCAAAGAGGACACCACGAGCCGGUUUCGGUCAUUGGAAGAUGACGACAACUGGGACGAUGACUUCGCCACGACUAUAUCCCCGAGUACAUUCCAGCUACCUCAUUUGCGGCCUCACGAUAACUUUGGCGGAAUGCUAUCUUCGGAGAGACUGAAAGCAUUGGCGGCAGUGGAGAAUGCGAUGGGGAAGGAGAAUGAAGCUACGGAGGACCAGGACUCGACUUUGAAGGCUACCCCGGUCACUGACACAGACUCUCUGAAGACGGUUCGUCUGGCACCAAAGAGGCCUGAAGGCCGUCAUGUUCGACACAAAUCCGAAGCUCCGCCAAAAUCAAGAAACAAGUCCUCCCAAUCUCCUCGAAAGGCUUCACUGCCGUCUUCAGGACAGACCACCAACCUUGCCAAAAGCAGACCUCCGCCGCCCAAAGUUCCUCAGGAUGAACCACCGACUCGAAGGUAUCGAGAAAGUUCCGUCGAGGACUUCUCCGACAUCAUUGAAGGCAAUGAGAUGACACUUGACACCAAACUGGGAAUGAUGCGGCUAGAAAAUGAGGGACCAUCUAGGAUUCUGAAUUCGCCGAGUGUGACAGACCUGAUGCAAAGCAUGCGCCCUCCGAAAGCUGGAGGUAGUCUUAAGAGAGCCGCUACGCCGCGAAACAAGUUGUCAAUGCGGAGGACAAGGUCAUCCAUCGAAAUUCAACGCUUUGCGGAGAAUGAGGAGGACGAGGAUUUCUCUGAUGUUCUGGCACAGACUGCGGCAGUCUUUCAGAAACCUGACAGCGAAGAUGGCUCUGAGCUGAUGCUAAAUUCCAAGAUUUCAAACAUGUCAUGGCUUCCUGAUGGGGAGGACGAGGAUGAUCCCUUUGCCCAGCUUGAAGAAGGACUGCCGGAAGUAGACUUGGAAUCCAACAUAGCCCGUGACAAGCAUGCUCGAUUAAGAAGCGAAGUGGAGGUCUUGGUGGGUCGCCUCAAAGUCAUGCAAGACGAUGAGGCCCUGUUACAAAUCUCUGAAGAGCUGAUGAAUUUUUUCGACAUUUUUUCCGAGACCAAAAGUGUCAUAAUCAGCGCCCAUGGUGUUCUUCCAAUCCUGGAGAUUCUGGAGGACUGCAUGCGCCUUGAUAUCGUUCUCAACCUGUUGAAGAUUGUCAAUGCUAUCAUUUUCAAUGACGAAGAAGUACAGGAGAACCUCUGCUUUGUUGGCGGUAUACCAAAGAUCAACAAAUUCGCGUCGAAGAAGUUUCCUCGGGAGAUACGACUGGAGGCGGCUGCCUUUGUCCGUCAGAUGUACCAGACGUCAACCCUGAUACUUCAAAUGUUUGUGAGUGCCGGUGGCUUGACGGUACUUGUUGAUUUCUUGGAAGACGAUUACGACGAUGACCGAGAAUUGGUUCUUAUUGGGGUCAACGGCAUUUGGAGCGUGUUUGAACUACAGGGUUCCACACCCAAAAAUGACUUUUGCAGGAUUCUGUCCCGCAAUUCGGUGUUGGAACCGUUGUCUCUUGUAUUGAACCGGGUAUUGAAUGAGCCCUCGGAUUCCGGAGACCAGAAAGAACUGGCCGAUUUGUGCGAGGGGCGCAUAGCCAGCAUUUUCUUCGUCUUUUCGCAGGCCGAAAACUAUGUCAAAGAACUUGUGGCAGAAAGAACAGUCCUCCAUCGUGUCUUGAAGAAUCUGAAGAAGAUGACACCGGCGCAUCAGGUCACCAUGCUCAAGUUUAUCAAAAACCUGUCUAUGUUAUCAACGACUCUGGACGCCCUGCAUAAUUCCAAUGCCAUUGACGUUCUGGCAGAACUUCUCAGCAACAGCAUGAACAAACCACAUUUUAGGGAGAUGUCAAACCAGAUUUUGAACACAAUUUACAACCUCUGCCGGUUAUCGAAGCGACGGCAGGAGGAUGCGGCACUUGUCGGUAUCAUUCCGAUCCUGAUCAAGAUUGUCAAACAGGAGAAGACUCCUGUGAAAGAGUUUGCUUUGCCGAUUCUGUGUGAUAUGGCACAUUCAACAAGGGCUGCCCGUCGUGAGCUCUGGCAGAACAAAGGUCUCGCUUUCUAUGUGUCACUGUUGUCCGACCCUUACUGGCAAGUGACAGCACUCGAUGCAAUCUUUACAUGGCUCCAAGAAGAGACUGCUCGUGUGGAGGACCAUCUGUUGGAAAACCACAACUUCACAUCGGCCAUCGUGGCCGCUUUGACCGGCAGCAAGUCGAGCUCGUUCGAAAACCUCUUGGAGCCUCUGCAGAAACUGCUCAGACUCUCUCCGCCUCUUGCCGCGUCGAUGGCAAGAAGCCCACAGCUCUUCGAAACCCUGGGUCAAAGGCUGAGUCACCCCAAGCCCGCCAUCCGCUUGAACUUGCUCCGCAUUAUUGGCAGUAUCUGUGAUUCAACUGAGGAUGGCAGCUUCCUGUUGGAACAAUGCGGACUUUACGAUGUGAUUCAAGAACUGUCCUUCUCCGAUUCGGCGGUCCUUGUUCGUAGUAUGGCCGGAGAGCUCAUACGGUCGUGCGAAGAAUCGGACAAUGUCAGUAUCAAGAGUGGCCAGGGAGGCGGCACGGCGGCCGCAAGCGGCAGACGCAAACAUCCCGGAUUCCAACGCCGCACAAGUUCCACAACCCCACCUCAUCUACUGGAUCGUCAGAUGAGCAUGCCCACUUCUCCCCAGCUCGGCCGGUCCGAGCGAGCCAGCCUUACCAUGUACGACGCUCCGGUUGCGCAGACGCCACGCAGGCAGCAGCGAAACGGUGUCUAUGUCAACGGGGGUAAUGUGAUGCGGCCUGCUAGUCGGGAUGGCUCGACAUACGUGCGCGAAAGCUCACCGGCUCUGGCAAUGCCGAGUCUUACACGAGCGAACACAGCCAGUUCCGUGACCGAGAUGACGGUCAACAAAAGCAGACUGCCACGACAGUCGAACGCAGCCACGGCCAUUGGGGGACAGCAUAGACUCUCGAGGCAAAGUACCCGCGAGAGUAUGGUUGGAUCCUCGAGAGGAUCCGGAGCCGGCUCAGGAGAUAAAGAGAACAACUUGCGAGGCGAACAGUCGUCUUACAGCCAUAGCAGUGGACGAAACACCCCGGCAACUCUGACCCCGGUUACGGAGGGGAGGUUCCACCGGCACGGUCAUUCGUCCAGCAUGAGCAACAACCAAAGUCAAAGACUGGGCAAUAGCAACUAUGGCCGGGGGAAUCCAAGUCAUCAAAAAUCACAUCUGCACUCCGACAAGGGUCAAGGACCAGUCGAGGUCACAGUUGGUAGACGAACCACUGCCAGGAAACAAGGACCUGGAGAUGAACGAUGGGGUUAAUGUCUUUUGUAUAUUCUGGACCGUUUGAUUUAUUGUCUCCAGAAUAUUCUUGUCCGGGAGCCUGAGGAGAAGCGAAAAUGACACCAAGAAGAAAAGUCCCUGGAUGAUGAACUUUGUGAUGCUCAUGACUGUGACGAUUGUGUGCAAAUGUACACGCCCACGCACACACUUAAGAGCGAUCAGUCAAGGCAGUAUGACACAGAAUGUCCCGUCUGCAGUCUACCGCCGCACGGGGGUUAGAUGAUAUACACUUGUUCUUUUCAUCACAAUACUUUAGGAUCGACUGGUCGUGACAUUGUUCCGCCCUGCUUCCCAUUACCUUGCGUAGGCAUCAGGGCAACUGAUGACUGAAGAACAUUGAUUGAGCAAUUUGAGCCGUGUAUAGUUACUGCUGUAUGUGCAUCAUAACAGUACCAGGCAAUGUACAGUAGUAGGACCCAAUAUUCAUAUUAUGUAUCAUGGCCUUGGUGCCGCUCUCCGAAA